GGAGCGGGCGAGCGGGGAGCGCGCGGAGGGGCGCGGGCGCCCGGGGCCUGCUCUGUGCAUUUGCCGCGCGGCGCGCACGGGGAGCGCCCGGCGCCCGCUCGCCAGCCUCCGGCCAAGCCGCGCCGAGGGCGCGCGAAGCGGGUGGAGACCGGCGGCGAUUCUGCCGGCGCCCUCGCGGGCUCGGCUCCAGAACCACUCCCAGGAUAACUCCACGUUGGGGAAGGCGCCCAGCGUGUCUCCCCCGGCCUGCGCAGGUGGCGCGCGCUCCCCGGCGGCCCCCAGCCCGGCCCUGGGCGGACGGCGAGAGAGCGGUGCGCAGCGGCCCGGACGGCGCCCAAGGGGGCUCAGCCUUCUCCCCCAGGUUUAAGGGCUCUGCUCCAUUGUGGCUCCGCCUCCCUUCCCACCACGGCCCCAUGCUCGCUGGGGGCAGGAAGCCUCAGCCCCGGGCUCCAAGUCCCCGUCCCCACGCAGGCAGUCCUGAAUUUCCUUCCCGCUGCCCCUCUCCGCCCUGCCUGGAGCAGCGCCCGGGCUGAGAGGGGCCGCCCCGACGUGGCGUGGCGAUGAGCGGGAAGGCCCAGCGCCGGUGGACAAGGAUGAGGAUCCGCACCCAGGCGGGCCAGCAGUGAUGCCCCCGUCCCCUCGGAGAAUGGCUGCCCUGGGCAGGUGCUUCCCCGGGCCCUGGCCGGGCUGCUGAUGCUCACCUGCGCACGGCAAAGAGCAGGACUCUGCGCUCGUCCCGUGGAUGGUCCCCUGCCCUGCAGCUCCACCAUGGGGCUCCUGGUGGCACCCCUCCUGCUAGCCUGGGUGGCCGGUGCCACUGCCGCCGUGCCCGUGGUGCCCUGGCGUGUGCCCUGUCCCCCGCAGUGUGCCUGCCAGAUCCGGCCCUGGUACACGCCGCGCUCGUCCUACCGUGAGGCCGCCACGGUGGACUGCAACGACCUGUUCCUGACGGCGGUGCCCCCGGCGCUGCCUGCGGGGACGCAGACCCUGCUGCUGCAGAGUAACAGCAUCGUGCGCGUGGACCAGAGCGAGCUGGCCUACCUGGCCAACCUCACGGAGCUGGACCUGUCCCAGAACAGCUUCUCGGACGCCCGGGACUGCGACUUCCGGGCCCUGCCCCAGCUGCUGAGCCUGCACCUGGAGGAGAACCAGCUGGCGCGGCUGGAGGACCACAGCUUCGCGGGGCUGGCCGGCCUGCAGGAGCUCUAUCUCAACCACAACCAGCUGUACCGCAUCGCCCCCCGGGCCUUCGCGGGCCUCGGCAGCCUGCUGCGGCUGCACCUCAACUCCAACCUGCUCAGGGCCGUUGACAGCCGCUGGUUCGAGAUGCUGCCCAGCUUGGAGAUCCUCAUGAUCGGCGGCAACGCGGUGGACGCCAUCCUGGACAUGAACUUCCGGCCGCUGGCCAACCUGCGCAGCCUGGUGCUGGCGGGCAUGAACCUGCGGGAGAUCUCCGACUACGCCCUGGAGGGGCUGCAGAGCCUGGAGAGCCUCUCCUUCUACGACAACCUGCUGGCCCGCGUGCCCAGGCGGGCGUUGCAGCAGGUGCCGGGGCUCAAGUUCCUGGACCUGAACAAGAACCCGCUGCAGCGCGUGGGGCCGGGGGACUUCGCCAACAUGCUGCACCUCAAGGAGCUGGGGCUGAACAACAUGGAGGAGCUGGUCUCCAUCGACAAGUUCGCCCUGGUCAACCUCCCCGAGCUGACCAAGCUGGACAUCACCAACAACCCGCGCCUGUCCUUCAUCCACCCCCGCGCCUUCCACCACCUGCCCCGCAUGGAGACACUCAUGCUGAACAACAACGCCCUCAGUGCCUUGCACCAGCAGACGGUGGAGUCCCUGCCCAGCCUGCAGGAGGUGGGGCUCCACGGCAACCCCCUCCGCUGCGACUGCGUGAUCCGCUGGGCCAACGCCACGGGCACCCGUGUGCGCUUCAUCGAGCCGCAGUCCACCCUGUGUGCGGAGCCGCCCGACCUGCAGCGCCGCCCGGUCCGCGAGGUGCCCUUCCGGGAGAUGACGGACCGCUGCCUGCCCCUCAUCUCGCCCCGCAGCUUCCCCCCGAGCCUCCAGGUGGCCAGCGGCGAGAGCAAGGUGCUGCACUGCCGGGCGAUGGCGGAACCAGAACCCGAGAUCUACUGGGUCACUCCAGCCGGGGUGCGACUGACGCCCGCCCAUGCGGGCAGGAGGUACCGGGUGUACCCGGAGGGAACCCUGGAGCUGCGGAGGGUGACGGCGGACGAGGCCGGGCUGUACACCUGUGUGGCCCAGAACCUGGUGGGGGCCGACACCAAGACAGUCCGCGUGGUGGUUGGCCGUGCGCCCUUCCAGCCGGACAGGGGCAGCGGCAGCCGGGGCCUGGAGCUCCGGGUGCAGGAGACCCACCCCUACCGCGUCCUGCUCUCCUGGGUCCCCCUGCCCAACACAGUCUCCACCAACCUCACCUGGUCCAGCGCCGCCUCCUUCCGAGGCCGGGGGCCCCGCGCCCUGGCCCGCCUGCCCCGGGGCACCCACAGCUACAAUAUCACCCGCCUCCUGCAGGCCAGCGAGUACUGGGCCUGCCUGCACGUGGCCUUCGCCGAUGCCCACACCCAGUCGGCUUGUGUGUGGGCCAGGACUACAGAGGCCGCUCCUUGCCACGGGGCCCUGGGGGACCGGCCGGGGCUCAUCGCUGUCCUGGCCCUGGCCAUCCUCCUGCUGGCAGCAGGGCUCGCCGCCCGUGUCGUCAGUGCAGGCCGGCCCAGGCCGGGGGUGGCCGCGCGGCCUCUCCUCCCAGCCUGGGCUUUCUGGGGCCAGGGUGCCCCGUCCAUCCGGGUGGUGUCCGCGCCCCUUGUCCUGCCCUGGAAUCCCGGGAGGAAGCCGGCUGGAUGCUCAGAGCGGGGCACGCUUUCGCCACCGUUGUCUCAGAACUCCUGAAGCCUGGCUGUUCUCGGCAGCAGGGGAGGAACUAGGACCGCUCUGUACCGAAAAGGGACGCACCCCGAGGAAAGCGACUCGGACCUGUGGGCUUGGGGCCUGGCAGCUGGACGGAGACAGAUGGAGCUCUGUGGCCCCAGGGGGGCAUCCCCAGGGCCUGCUGCCAGCCCCAGGAACCUCGCCCAGGACAGGAAGGACCCUGGCCAGGGCCUCCCACCUGCCCAUUUCUCUGGGGGCUCAGGGUUCCUGGCCCCUCGCUUGGCCGUCCCCUGCCUGUCCCCGGGGCCGCUGGCCCACAGGCGGCCUCCCUUCCUUUCUCGCUAUCGUGCAGUCUUGGUUGCUUGCUCUUCCCCCUCCUGGGCAAGGGCUGAAGGGGGCCUCUCCUUCCCACCUCGGGGCCCACCCUCAAAGCAAGCACGACCCCCAGACAGACCCGAAGGACCCCUGGGGACAGCCCGGGCUCCCUGGAGCGGACUUUCUCUCGGCAAUUUUGUACCUUUGUGGAGAAAUGUGUCCCCAACCCCAACCCCAUUCGCUCUCUUCUAUUUUGUAAAAAAUAAAAAUAAACAAUAACAACAAUAAU